GCGAGAAGGUGAGGCACUCAUCAUGGAAUCACCACCGUCACAAUUGCAGAAGGUCCAAGAGGAAGAUAAGAAACCGACCCUCAAGACCAUGGUUCACGACAACAUCAUGAAUGAAAUCAUAAAAUCAGAGAAGAGAAAAGAACCCGACUGGAGAAUCUUGGUGGUCGAUGAACUCGGCACGAAGAUGCUUUCGUCGUGUCUGAAAAUGCACGAAAUCGCGUGGGAAGGCAUCACGCUCGUCGAAGACAUCUGCAAGAAGCGAGAGCCAAUCCCCUUGGAGGCGAUUUAUCUCGUCUGCCCGACGGAGUCCACCAUCGACCGGAUCGUCGAGGACUUUCCUCGUGGUCGUGGCAUGUAUAAGGCCGCUCAUGUCUUCUUUAUGUAUGCGUGCCCUGAUGAGCUCAUUAGAAAACUCGGUCGAACUCGGGCUGCCAGAUACAUUAAGACCCUGAAGGAAAUCAACAUGGCAUUUGUGCCAUAUGAGAGCCAUGUUUUCUCAUUGCAUCACCCAGAAGCAUUCCAGCACUAUUUCCAUCCAGCGACAUCACAUGCAACAAGUCGCAAAACGAUGCAGCGAAUGGCGGAACAGCUCGCAACUCUCUGCGUCACUUUGGGAGAACACCCAUCUAUAAUAUAUAGAAGAGAUCACCCCAAGAACGUUGAGUUCGCCCAGACCUUGCAGGAAAAAUUGGAUGCUUAUAAUGUCGAUGAGCCAAAGAUUGGUGAAGGGCUUGAGAAAGCACGCUCUCUCCUUCUGAUCCUAGACCGAGGCUUUGACGCUAUAUCACCAUUACUUCACGAACUCACUUACCAGGCCAUGGCACAUGAUGUCUGUCAACUAGAAAAUAAUGUUUAUGCAUACCAGGCAUUUACAGGUUUUACCUCUGAGGUGUUCAUGCUCGAGGAGCAAGAUACCACAUGGCUCGACCAGAGACACGAACAUAUAUUUGCAGCUUCCAAAAACAUAUACGACUCCAUAAAGACAUUUUCAAAGUCCAAAACGAUAGCUACAGACCAGCCAACUACAAAGGUCCUUUCUCGGAUGGCUCAGAAAAUGCCACAGUACAAGGAAGAACUGAACAAUCUCAACUUCCAUUUACAUCUGGCAGAGGAGUGCAUGAGGGUAUAUAAGAAAUAUGCGGGCAAGCUAUGCCUUGUGGAGCAGGACCUGGCAAUGGGGACCGAUGACGAGGGGGAGCGAAUUCGUGAGGGCCUGAAAAGAAUACGUCCCAUUCUCACCGCACGUAAGCUUCUCAUCGAUGACAAAAUCCGCAUCAUCUUAUUGUUUAUCCUGGCUAGGAAUGGCAUCCAUGAGGAUGAUUUGGGGAGGUUGAUGAAGUAUGGGAAAAUUCCAGAAUCAGAACGGUCUACAAUCCUCAACUUGAGUCAUCUUGGGCUUAAUGUUGUCAUCGAUGGAAAUCCCAAGGAAAUCCACCAGCCGAUCCGGAAGGACAGGACCUCGGAGGAUACCUAUCUUGCAUGUCGCUGGACUCCACUGAUCAAAGACGUAAUGGAGACUGCCAUCGAAGACAAGCUCGACAAGGAUCAUUACCCGUUUCUCGCCAGAAGGCAGGCUCCGGAGAAGCAGAGCAGUGAAGUCACCAGUGCCCGCCAGCGUUCAAAUCAGAAGGCCUCUGGUUCUGCCAAGAGAGUUCAUCGUCUCAUCGUCUUCAUUGUCGGCGGGGUGACUUUCUCUGAAAUGAGGUCUGCGUAUGAGAUCACGAAGGCAUGCGAGAAAUGGGAAGUCAUCAUCGGUUCUACGCAGAUCCUAACACCUACCGGAUUCCUCAAGAAUUUGAAAGAGUUCGAAAAUGUCGAUGAGACUCCAUCUCAUGGAUCUACGUCCCACCAGCCUUCAAAGUGU